AUGCAUCCGGGUGACUGGAGAUGUCAUAGCUGCAACGAGCUGCAGUUCUCGAACCGCAGCACGUGCCGCCAGUGCGGCGCGAACAAGCCGCUUUUCCAGGUAGACUGGUCGACACCCGCCGGCAAACAAGAGCACUGGUCCACCGGGGGCGGCUCCAGCCACAAGGAGGACACCUCGUGGCAGGAGUGGCAGCAGUGGGGCGAGGCCUCGGAGUGGGGCGCGGCGAACGCGCAGUCCGCAGCUGGGCGGCCAGGCGCGCAGGCGUCGCUGCCGAAGGCGGCGACGCCUCAUCAGGCCAAGGUGGCAGAGAAGUUAUUUGGGCAGCUUGCGCCCGAUGGGGACAAGAAGGCGCAGAUAUCUCUGUGCAUGGGCGCCUUCCAAGACCUCAUCAAGGCUACUGUUCCGAAUGGGGAAAAUACAGAAAUCGUCGAGAAGGUCAAGGGCCUCAUCGGAGAGGUGAAUGACGUGUUGAAAGAAGACAAGAGUGCCAAGCACGCCUUCGCGAUGCAGAUUAGCAAGCACCCCUGGUUCCUCAACGUGGGGCACGAGGUGCGAUACCGGCCCAGCGCCAACCUUAUAGAGAUCUCAAGGGUCCAGGGCGCCCACUUAAAGGGCAAGGGCAAGGACGGCAAGGGCAGUUGGCCACAGCCCCCCCCCGCUGCCAGCUCCGCGCCUGGGGCGCAGACAAGCUGGAUGGGCCUGAAGAGGACCGCGGAGCAGGCCGGCCUGAGAGGACUGUGA